GGGAGGUGAGCAGACGGACAACGGUUGGUCUGUUUCAGUCCAGCACCAGCAGCAGCAGCAAUAACAACAACAACAACAGCAACGGUGCAAGGCGAAUUCAGCUCGUCAGCUCCACCCGCGAUCCAAAAACUACGAAUGAGAACCUAACUUCAGUAACAGCUCAAUGCUUCACGUCCGCUGCAGCGCGCGGGUCUGCUAUGUAGUCCGAGGUUUUAUAAUGACUUCGCCUUACUUCAUGGAGAACAGGUCUGUUAUAACUCGGAGUGCGAGUCAAACUGCUGGCUGCACACCUGCAGCCUCUCUAAGGACCAAACUCACCAAGAGACGGAGGAACGAGGACCCGGUCUCCGCUGUGCCCGUGAAGGUGGAGGUGGAGGAGAAGAUCGUGUCAGAGCUAAGACCUUCGUCUACUCCUUUAUCAACCGGUCCUGAACUCCUCCACGAGGCAACGGUGCAACCAAAAACAGAAACUUUACCGGAGUAUCCACACAGCCGCAGGAGGAGACAGUUAAAGGUGGAAUACGAGAAGGAUGAAUGGUUUUCUCCCAUGAAAACUGAGCACUGGGAACCUGCCGACUGGAGGAAACAGUUAGGAUUCAUUCGUGAGAUGAGGAGCGGCCGUGAUGCGCCUGUAGAUAACAUGGGAGCAGAGAAAUGCUAUGACAUAGAGGCUCCUGCGCAUGUGAGACGUUUCCAGGUGCUGGUGUCACUCAUGCUGUCCAGUCAGACAAAGGACCAGGUGACAGCAGCAGCUAUGCAGAAGCUCAGAGCACACGGCUGCACUGUAGAAAACAUACUUGCUACAGAUGAUGAAAAACUGGGAAAACUUAUCUAUCCUGUUGGCUUCUGGAGGAAUAAGGUGAAGUAUCUGAAGCUGACGUCAGCCAUGUUGCAGAAGGAGUUUGGAGGGGAUAUCCCAAACAGUGUUGAGGGGCUGGUCCGUCUGCCGGGAGUUGGUCCUAAAAUGGCUCACCUGGCUAUGGACAUCGCCUGGGACCAGGUGUCUGGCAUUGGUGUGGACACACAUGUGCAUCGUAUAUCUAAUAGGCUGGGCUGGCUCAGGAAGGCGACCAAAAACCCGGAGGAAACACGUAAGGCCCUUGAGGAGUGGUUACCCAGGGAGCUGUGGAGUGAGAUCAACUGGCUGCUUGUGGGUUUUGGACAGCAGGUUUGUCUGCCCGUCAACCCUCUCUGCUCUGUGUGUCUGAACCAGCACAGCUGUCCUUCUGCACACAAGAACUCUCCACCAAAGAGACCUAAAUCGGGAUCACCACGGUCUCCAAGUCCAACCUCCUCUUCUAAAAUAAAAACUGAACCUAAACAGGAAGCAGCUCUUAAAGAUGAGAUGAUAAAUAAGGAGUUACUACCCACACCUGUUUCCCACACCACAAAGAGGAGGCUAAAAACCAAGAUUAAUGCUUGAAUUUUACCAAUUUUUGUGAUGUCAGCAGACAGUGAGCACAAGAAGACAUAGUAUGUGUUUACUUAUACAGAUAGAUUUAAAAAAAAAUGUAUAUAAGAAUAUAUUUGACACUAUAACAGCACCUUUAAAGGAUAAAUAUUUUUAUACUUUUCUUUUUUUUUACCAAAUAAAAAACAUGUUACUAACAUUUUAUGUAAAGUUUUGUCUAAGAAGAAGAAAAUAAACUACA